AUGUCACGCGCCUCGGCCGGCUUUGCAGACUUCUUUCCAGCCGCCCCAUCUGUCCUUCAACAGAAACGCUUCAAGACCACGGAACGACGAGGCAAAACACAUAAUGGUGAACAAACCUUGGAGACAACCGCAGACUCCCCAACGCUCAUUUCGGCUGCACCGGCGUCCGGACCUCCACAUGAAACCCCAUCGGGAGACCAGGAAUCGACCCGGACACCAUCAGAGAUCGUUGCCAUUGAGUCGGCUGGCGCUACAGCUUCAAAACCCUCGAAUGGAAGCUCUUCACUUCUCGGGGGAUCGGUGAACCCCCAGCUGUCACAUAUUGAUACCCUGACACCACUCACCAAUGCAGGGUCAUCCCCUCCCCGGAAAGCGACCAGCCCAUCGCAGUCCAAGACAGCCGCUGGCAAUUCACCAGCAAAUACCUUUCGACCCAACCCGGAAGUCGCCAAGUCCUCCAUCACCCCCGUUCACACCCCACCAACCCCCUUGUCGCAGACACGCCAUCUUGAAAAUGUCGCCCGAGGCUGCAGGGCUGUGUAUGAUCCAGAUCUAGACAAGCGGACAUCUUCCAAGGACAAGCGAAAAAAGCCCGAAUAUGUGGAUAUCCUCGUCAAUAGCCAAGACGGUUCUCCUCCUGACCCUCGUCUGGCGAUCUCCAAUUACACCCGUGGAUCCGCCUGCAAACAGAAAACAAAAUAUCGCCCAGCUCCCUACAACUUGAAGCAAUGGCCAUAUGAUGCAGUGACGAGCAUUGGACCAGGCCCCCCCAUCCAAGUGGUGGUAACCGGAUUUGAUCCCUUGACACCGAUGGCUCCGAUCAGUGCGCUUUUCUCUAGUUUUGGCGACAUCGGCGAAAUGAAAAACCACACAGAUCCUGUCACGGGCCGGUUUCUUGGGAUUUGUUCCAUCAAAUACAAGGAUACCUCAUCGUUUCGAGGAGGGGGUCCGGUCCCCGCAUCCAGUGCGGCAAGGCGUGCAUAUUUCGAGUGCAAAAAAGAGCAGCGGAUUGGAACCCGUCGGAUCAGGGUCGAGUUGGACCGCGGGGGAAUUGUUUCAAAGCGAAUGGCGUCAAAGGCCGUUGAAUCGCAAAGACUGGUCUCUAAGAACAAUGCCGCAGACGCGCGACCGGAUGCGCCAGCGACAAAGAACGAGCCACCACCGACAGCGCCGAAAGGACCUUCGGGGAAAUCUUCACUGCGCCCGGGGAUCCCUAUCCCGGAUGGGCCCAGGGCCGGCGUUCGGUCCCCUGCCGUCCAGUCGUUGGUCGAAGACACACUGAUCUUGAGCCAAAUCAAACGGGACCCCUAUAUUUUCAUUGCUCAUUGCUACGUUCCCGUCCUGAGUACCACGGUCCCGCACCUGAGGAAAAGGCUCAAGCUAUUCGGCUACAAGAACAUCCGUUGCGACAAAACUGGUUACUAUAUCAUCUUCGAAAAUUCACGACGCGGCGAGGAGGAAACCGACCGGUGCUACCGAUUAUGUCACAUGCAACCCUUGUUCACCUAUAUCAUGAAUAUGGAAAGCCAACCCUAUGGCAAUCCUCAUUACGAGCGCAGCCCUAGCCCCGAACGUCUUCAAGCUGAGCAACGCGACAAGGCCGAAAAAGAAGGGGCAAGGAGGGAAGCUGACUUGGAUCUUGAGGAGGAAAAGAAGCAGCGCGCCAUGGACUUGGAUCCUUGUCGGGAGGUCUUGUCUACCAUCAUUCGUGAUCUGAGGGACAAGCUUCUGGAAGAUGUCAAGUCGCGCAUCGCCGCACCGGCCUUGUACGACUACCUUGACCCUAGCCGACAUGCCUCGAGAAGGGAAAAGCUUGGAAUCCCAGAUCCAGAAGGCACCAAGCGGUCCACUUUCCGGGUUGAUGUCGACAGCACCCUAGGAACCUCGGCUUCUCGGUCCGAACUCACCGCAGGGAGCAAUCCUCUGGGAUCCUCAAACCUCAAUGUGCUUGCGCUUCCUCGUAUACGGAAAGCUCACGGUCUUGAUCAUGCGGGUGCAGCCUUUCUGGACGAACGGCGCCGGCAACCAUUACGGAGAAGAGAGGUGCGACCCCUCUAUCAUCGCCUACAGCAAUUGCACGAGGAUGAAGAUUCCGAUGACGAUCAACGGACCCCACUCACCAGAGAUAUCGACGAGCAAGAGAGUCGACCCCUCAGCCGUGCAAGUUCUACAUCGUCGGAAUCUGAGCAGGAUGCAGAAUAUCGCUCGGACACUACCGAAGCACUGCAAAGAAAUGAAGGUGGCCAAAAUGAUCUCGAGGGUACAUCGGAUGAACUCGAUGGGCUCUCUCCCAGGUCUCGCAAAAGGAAGCGGUUGACCGACGAGCAUGAUGCACGAAAGAGACAGAAACAGGACGACGAACUUUUUGGCCUCGACUUCUCCGAGAACACUGAGCUUGAGCAUACAGGUAGCCAUUCGGGGGCACCUAUAGGUAUCGAGACGGGACCGACCCAUGCCCAACGAGAGGAGCAAUUCUCCACCCUAGUUUCAGGUAAAGGUGUCGUGCGCGAGGAUCUUUCUGCGAGUGAAACGUGGAAAUCAGGGCCACUCGAGGAACCGAGAACGGAGAUUGACUGGGGUGUGUCCAAAGACGAACCGCGUGCCACGGUUGAGGAUGAUGUUAAGGCUACCCUGGAUCUGGAUGGAUGGCAGCAGCUGGUGAAGGACGAAGAAGAUCUACAAUUCCUUCGAUACAUCUUGCUUGAGCAGCCGAAAUCUCAGAUCGGAAACCUUGUCGCAUGGGCAUGGAGGCAGAAGGAGAUCAAAGCUCUCAACCACCUGGCAAUCGGACCCACGCACGAUAAGAUCGGCAUCCCAGGAUAUUAUGUUCCCAACCCCACCGGCGCCGCCCGGACUGACGGCCGGAAAAGAAUUCUCGAGGCAGAAAAGUCCAAAUACCUGCCACAUCGGAUCAAGGUCCAGAAGGCUCGAGAGGAGCGCGAGGCAAUGGCAAAGGCCGACCCCCAGGCAGCUGCCGCCGAGGCAGCAAGGAUUGCCGCGGCAAAGACUAUAUCCAAGUCGACGUCGAGGUCGACGCGGGUGAACAAUCGCCGGCUCAUCGCGGAUAUCAACGCACAAAAGCAGGCUCUCCCGACUUCCAGUGGCGAAGGAGAUGUCCUUCGAUUCAACCAGCUUAAGAAACGAAAGAAGCCUGUCCGCUUUGCGCGGUCUGCCAUUCACAACUGGGGUCUAUACGCAGAGGAGAAUAUCACUGCCAACGACAUGAUCAUCGAAUAUGUGGGCGAGAAAGUGCGCCAGCAAGUCGCCGAUAUGAGAGAAAGGCGAUAUCUGAAGAGUGGGAUUGGCAGCAGCUACCUUUUCCGAAUCGACGAGAACUCGGUGAUUGAUGCAACAAAGCGAGGCGGCAUCGCACGCUUCAUCAACCAUAGCUGUACACCAAACUGCACUGCCAAAAUCAUCAAGGUCGAUGGCAGCAAACGAAUCGUGAUCUACGCGCUCAGAGACAUUGAAAGAGACGAGGAGCUCACGUACGAUUACAAAUUCGAAAGAGAAUGGGACAGCGACGACCGAAUCCCGUGUCUCUGCGGCUCGACCGGCUGCAAAGGUUUCCUCAAUUGA